UAACACCGUGAUUAAACGUAAUUACCGAUUACAUUCGUCAUCCUGAUAGACUAUUAUAGGUAGGGGCGCUUGCUCAGCUGUCUUUGAAGCUACCCCAGCUAUGAUGUAAAUAAUUUACUAAUUUCCCAAGUGACGACAUUGACUAUUUUCAAUUUAUAUAUUGGUCUUUUUACGUACAUAUCUUUUAGACUUUUACUAGGCAGCUUUUGGAAGGCAAUAAUGACGAUAGGCGAUGACGUUGACGAGUCCAAACGCCCACGUAAGGGGGCCUCCUUCGAGAAUACCUAUGUCGGGUGCCGAUUUGCCAGCGACCGAACCCGACUCGGAUUCGUCUUGCGAAUGUCCUUUGAGCGAAAAGAACCACGACGGCCACCGACCGUGUACUCUCGACACACGACCAUCUCAGAUACGCGCGAGUGGUCGGGAUGGCUCGGGCGGACUCUCGAGACCAAUCUCGCGGAUAGUAUCGCGUAGGGAGACCGUGCUAUUUCGAAUACGGUCCCGUCCAGUGGUACCGCCGUUUAGCCACCCGCUCGCGAAAGUGAAGACUAAACAGGACUCGCUUGUCGAUUUCGACGGGCCGGAUGACCCCUAUCGUCCUGUGAACUGGCCGCAGCGCAAGAAGAUAGCUACAACUCUGCUUUAUGGUCUAGUUACCAUGACCGCGACUUGGGCAUCCUCUUCCUACUCUGCCGGGACUCUGCAGAUCGCAGAGCAUUUCGGCGUCGGAAGGCAAACGGCAACGCUAGGGACCACUCUCUUCCUCCUCGGAUUUGGCAUAGGGCCUCUGCUCUGGGCACCGCUUUCAGAGGUCUACGGUCGGCGCGUGGCAGUGUUGACGCCUAUGUUCGUCUCUAUAUGCUUCUCGUUCGCCUCGGCCACCGCCAAGGACUUCCAGAGUCUCAUGCUAACGCGGUUCUGGGGCGCUAUAUUCGCCUCUGCUCCGGUGACGAAUACCGGCGGCGUCCUAGGCGACUUAUUCACGCCGGCCCACCGUGGUAUCGCUAUGGCAGGUUAUGCGAUGGCAGUCGUAGGUGGCCCGACAGUUGGUCCCAUCGUGUCGGCCGCCGUUGUAGCGCAGCCGAGCCUUGGUUGGCGAUGGACAGAGUACACGACGGGGAUGUUGCAGUCCGUUGUCCUAAUAUGUGCUAUCAUCUUUAUCGACGAGACAUACCCACCGAGGCUUCUUGUUGCCAAAGCGAGACGGCUGCGGCUUGAGACGGGCAACUGGGCUCUCCACGCUAAGUUCGAAGAAUGGGAUGUGAGCGUUGUUGAACUGGCGCGGAAGUUUCUUGUUCGUCCGAUACAGCUUCUUUUCACGCCGAUUUGCUUCCUCGUUGCCUUGUAUGCAAGCUUCUGCUAUGGUAUUCUAUACAUGCAGCUCGGCGCGAUACCUAUCAUAUUCGGGGAGAUCAGAGGAUGGUCCCUAGUGUCGAGUGAACUACCAUUUUUAGCCAUCUGUGUUGGCACGUUAACCGGUGCAGUUAUCAACAUGUCGAACCAGCUAUACUAUAAUAAGUCUUAUCAUGCUUCAGGCGACAGGGCAGUCCCCGAGAAGAGGCUACCUCCCAUGAUGCUAGGUUCCGUACUUUUUGCGGCCGGCCAAUUCAUCACUGGAUGGACUGCAGACCCAGCCGUCGCCCCCUGGAUCGUCCCUGUCAUCGGGCUUUACCUUGCUGGGUGUGGUUUUAACACAAUCUUCCAAGCCGCGCUCAACUAUCUCGUCGAUACCUUCCAGAUGUAUGCGGCAAGUGCCGUAGCUGCUAAUACAUUCUUGCGGAGCUGCUUCGCUGCCGCAUUUCCGCUGGUUGUCACGCCGUUAUAUCACAACAUCGGGGUCGGCCCCGGGUCGAGCAUCUUUGCUGGGUUUGCGUGCUUGCUGAUUCCUAUGCCGUUUGUCUUCUACCUUUUCGGGAGGCGGAUUAGGGCUGCUAAUAAAUGGAGCAAGCACAGCGUGUUCUAGACAUUCUAAGAAUUUCCAUAGCAUUGGCGUUUGGGAUGGUUUGAGCAUUGGGGGAAAGGGGGUUGAUUCAUCGCUUUAAGAGUAUUUCUAGCGAGUAGUUGGCAUUGGAAAAGCAUUCUACGUUAUAGGUUUACCUCACUUGUAGAUACUAGAGUUUCCAGCCAUUAUGAGGCUAGUAGUAUAUUUGAAAUUCGCUCCAAGAGAUUCAAAGAUGCCUUCACAGAAG